AUGCGUCGGAUUGCCACUGAGCCAGGAGUUGCGCAAAGGGAACGUGUUGCAAUGUCGGCUCCAAGCACCGUUAUCGAAACACUCUACAACAACCCAGACGCUAAAAUAGUUUCAUUUUCUACCAUUGGCCAUCGCCCAAGGUAUGCAAUCAAGGACGAUGCUCAAGAAAUAGAUGACGAAGAUGGGAAUUUGGCUUGGUGCUCCCCCCUUGAGCGCACCAUCGCAGUUGGCGCAAUCUGUAUAUACCGUGCGCCCGGCUCAGUUGCGUUCCUAAGUUGCGGAUCUGUUCUUCAACCAAUUCUGCCCAAGAGUCAGUGCUGGCGUGUUGACCAGCAAAACAGCAAAUUUGUGUUGCAAAUUCGGCGCCCCUACUACUGGCGAAUCGAGCUACCGGUUUCCAGCGCCGAGCAAUCACGCACAGCCCGACAAUUUAGGGAUACUCUGGAAAGUAUUCUCCUACUCGAAAAAACGCGAUGUCCGUUUCGACGGCCUUUUACGGUCGAGCUCCCACAUACUCCCGAUGUUAAGCAAAAGCCAUGGACACCGCCGAGGAGGCAGAGGGUAUUUCACAACGAUCGUCAAUCCGCGACGAGCUUUUCAGCCAGUGAUACCGCACUAUCGUAUCAUCCGUCUGCAGGUGAAUACCAACAUUGUCCAAAAUUGCGUUCAUCUGAACAAGCGACAACACAGGCUCCACAAACAUCAACACAGCUCACACAACAGACUUCUCUCACAAACCCUACGAAUGCAUCAAAUGAAGCUAGCAGCAGUGCGGAUUCUGGGGCAAUGCCAACAGAACCAGAGGAGAUCUGGCAUGAUCUAGCAGAUGGCAGUGCGAUCGAGAUCGUGGAAGCGGUAGUACCCGAGUUGGCUGUGCAAACGCACAGUCUUCACGAAAAUGAAACUGCGCGGCUUUGGCCAGCUUAUCAGAUGCACAAGAGCAAUAUGGGGGAUUGUCUUGUCAAGAAGCGCUGCGGUUCCCCUUCUUCGCCUGUGGAUUUUGUUACAGAGACUCCUCUUAUGCUGCACCAAGAAGCUGCGACCAUUGCUGUUCCAACCGCUCCAGAGCUGAACAUGCCUAGGACGAGCGACGCCAAUCCCAACUACAAUUUCAAUGGUACGCAUGAAGGCAGGGGAAACCAGGAAGACCUGCAUAAGCCUAAACUUAGAUACUUCCGAGGCUAUCGUGGCGGCCGUUCAUCAACCUCACCACCGCCUAAGUUAUCCCUACCCACGUCACGAUUCUCAGGAUUGGUUGCACCACGGCCCAUCACACACGACACCAAAGCUACUGGAACCCUCCCCGGCGAGGAGUCGCCGGAGUUGUUCUAUAGUGCUCCAUCCAGCUUGAAUUCUGAUGUAGAACACACAGGGGUAUCACGGAUCACGGCCCAACAGGUUCAUCCGACACUAGAGGCUAGGGAGUCCGAGGAUGACAGCACAGCAGCACAUCCUUCCUAUAUCUGUUAUCAGCGUUUGCGAAGUGGUAGCGGGAUCGAGAUUGCAACGGAUGUCAACAUCACAGGUGACCUGGGUUUGAAACACACAACAGAAAUCACGACCACUGAUAUAGAAGCCGACCGACUAACAAGGAGAAUGCCGACGAGGCGAUCUGGCCCCUUUUCUGAUCCGGCACGGAUAUUCGACCCAAUGAAGGGUACUGAAGAAUUACAGGACCAGGGAACGCUACGCAACCCCCUCAAAGGAAGGCUAGACACGUUGGGUGGCCUCCCCAUGGCUAUUGUUAGCAAAACAUACGAUCUAGUGAUUGGUCCCCCUCGGCAUUUGGUGGCCCUAAUGCUCAGAAUUGCAGCAAGGAUAUGUGCGGGGGAGUGGAAAGGAGAAGAUAUUGGCUUUGCAGCCAGUGGCCAAGCCAUACCUGUCAGAUGGGACUAUUCUACUAGCGACAACGGGAACUGGAGCAAUGAGGAUUGUUUCGAAGGUGCCAUUGAGGAAGAUCAAUCUUGA